AUGGUCAACUCAAUCAGAUCCGCGUCCACCUACUUUUCAAAGUUUUUUGAAAGUGUCAACAAUUACACUCAAGACAUUCACACGGAAGUCUCUUCACGCUGCGCGUCAACAUCACCUUGUAACUCAGCCCAUCCUCCCACAUACAGCACAACACCCCCGCCUUAUGAGGAUGCUUCAACUCCACCUUCGUACAGCGCCGCCAUUGGGGGUCUCAGUAUGGUGGAUAGAACAAAUCGUGAUUUCAAGAUCUAUGAGCGCGACCUCAAAGCUUUGGCUAUUGAAUGGUCAAGGAGAAAACACUAUGGAUAUGAAAACCGCCUCGAAGAGUUAUUGACAUGCAAAAACUUUUCACUUUUAUACUUCAACACAAAACUUGUCACAACGCGCAAGGCGUACCUGCCUGCGAUUGCCGUAGUGUACGAUGGGCUUUAUUGA